AUGGUUGCAAUAUCCAAAUUGGCACCGUCUAGGAUCGCAAACAGAGCUGGCAGAAGACUGGCGUAUCUGUGUAGAUUGCUCACCAACGAGGAAUUCUACAACCAUCUCAAUGGUCCCCUGGCCGAUCCUGUCGCUCUGGAUUCAACGCUUUCAACAAUAUGCUACUUCUUUUUGUUCAUAGCGGAGGUGAUACGUAUGCGGCCCACGCUUAUCAAGCACCUCAAGAUAGUGCUAAGAAAGCUGCUGGCACUUGUGCUGACUUCGCUCAAGAGAUCCGCAUUUGGAAGCUUGAAAAAUCAUGUUGAACCAACUCUUCUAUCAUGGAGCAGUCGACUUGAUAACAAGGAGGCAAAAGAACCUGAAGCCAUAGAACCACAGGUCAAUGCCCUUGACAUCACAUCAUCCAAACUACGCAGUAUCUCCAACUACAUCUCCGACAUCCGGAUAUUCGUGCGACUGUGGGGAAUUCCGGCACUUACUGCUUUUGGGAUCUCAGAAAUCAAACAGACUAGAAAAUCGGGCCAGUCACGGGUGUCAAGAUGGCUGAAUUACAUAGACGUCGUUUCCAUUGUGGCAUACCAACCCCUCGAGAACGUGGGGUUUCUGGCAGACCACAAAUGGACACACCAUCCUGACUCAGUUGCUGGCGAAGUUGGUCUUUGGUACUACGUGGUGAGUUCGCGAUUGUGGGCGAUUUACGUGGUUUUGGAGGUGGUCAAACUGGCCAAAGAGUACGUGAUUUCGAUCCGUAACGGGAGCAGGAUACCAUUGUUGGAGAACUCAGCAUUCUCGCGUGGUCUUGUCUCAAAUCUUGCAAACCUCCCACUGACAGUUCAUUGGUCGUUGCCUGAAGGUUGUUUGCCGGAUAUAGUUGUUGGUUUCUUGGGCACGUUUUCUAGUGCUUUGAACACCCGGGAAUCUUGGAGUGCUGUGUUCAGAGACAUAAGAGCACUGGAUGUGUGA